CGCAGAUCAGUGCAGUUGAUCAGCUGACCGUGAAUCUUUAGAAACAUUGUAGUGACAUUAUGAAUAUCAAACCAUAAAAGCAAUCGUUUGUAAUUUAUUAAGUUAAAACUGCCAAAUAACCAUUUGAUCAUCUUGUUCACAUCAAUAUCAGUCUCCAGACGUUUAUAUCCUGCUCACCGGCAGCCAUGACGGAGUUCUGGUUAAUUUCUGCGCCUGGAGAGAAAACAUGCCAGCAGACGUGGGACAAACUGAUGACGGCCACCACUCGCACCAACAACCUCUCCACCAACAAUAAGUUCAACAUUCCUGAUCUCAAGGUGGGAACGCUGGAUGUGUUAGUCGGCCUGUCUGAUGAGCUGGCCAAACUGGACUCUUUUGUAGAGAGUGUGGUGAAGAAAGUGGCUCAGUAUAUGGCUGAUGUUCUGGAGGACAGUCGAGACAAAGUCCAGGAGAAUCUGCUGGCUAACGGAGUCGAUCUGGUCACCUACGUCACAAGAUUUCAGUGGGACAUGGCCAAGUAUCCCAUCAAACAGUCCUUGAAGAACAUUUCUGAAAUUGUAUCCAAGCAAGUAUCGCAGAUCGACAACGACCUGAAAGCUCGAGCGUCGGCGUACAACAACCUGAAGGGAAACUUACAGAACCUGGAGAGGAAGAAUGCAGGGAGUCUGUUGACCAGGAGUCUGGCUGAUAUUGUGAAGAAAGAUGACUUUGUGCUGGAUUCGGAGUAUCUUGUCACGAUGCUAGUUGUGGUACCAAAGGUGAAUUAUACCGACUGGCAGCGCAUGUACGAGACGCUUGCGGAAAUGGUUGUGCCACGAUCCACGAAUUUGCUGUUUGAGGAUCAUGACAGCGGUCUGUUCACAGUCACACUCUUCAGAAAAGCCAUUGAUGACUUCAAACACAAGGCCAGAGAAAACAAAUUCACGGUGCGAGACUUUCAGUACAAUGAGGAGGAGAUGAAGGCUGAUAAAGAAGAAAUGACCAGACUCUCUACUGACAAGAAGAAGCAGUUUGGACCGCUCGUGAGAUGGCUGAAAGUGAACUUCAGCGAGGCGUUUAUCGCCUGGAUUCACAUUAAAGCUUUGAGGGUCUUUGUGGAAUCUGUGUUAAGAUAUGGAUUGCCUGUGAACUUCCAAGCGAUGCUGCUACAGCCCAACAAGAAGAAUAUGAAGAAACUGAGGGAGGUUCUGUACGAUCUUUACAAGCAUCUGGACAGCAGCGCGGCGGCCAUCAUCGACCAAUCGGCCAUGGACAUUCCUGGAUUGAACCUCAGUCAGCAGGAGUAUUAUCCGUACGUGUACUAUAAAAUCGACUGCAACUUGCUGGACUUCAAAUAGAAGAAGCGUUGUCAGUCACCCCGGCCCUUUUUUUUGUUUUGUCUUUGUGAAUAAAUCUAAGUUAAAUUAAACUGUAUAUUGCAGAACUCUUUCUCUGGUUUUAGUCGUGCAUGCUUAUAUUUACUGUUCAGCCAAUGAGAGCAGGAGAAUAUCUGAUGCCCCGGUACUUUGUUUACAUUUUUUUUAAAGAUUGUCACUGUGUUUAUCAUGUGCAAGUGAAUGAAUGAAAUUCUGCGUUGAAGUCAUUCCACUCAUGUGUUGUGUGGUGGUUCCACCUGAUAUAAGUGAUAGAUAUUAUUGUAUGGACAGCUGUGUUUUUAACCCUCGAUUUCCUUUAAACGCACAAGUGGUCCAUUUAAACAUGUGAAGCAAAACGAUAAGUGUUACAAAGAUGCAAUAUAUAUAUAUAUGUGUUGUUAUGUACAUUUGGUGUUAAAAAAGCUUUAUGUGCACAAUUACUGUCUUUCAUGAAACCAAAAUAUAAAUGAAUGGAAAAACAUA